CCGUGUUUCCUGUGUGUUUUAUGAUAGAGAGGAACAGGAGGAGUAGCCAGCAGCACUCAGUCACCACCCGGAGAAUGGUGGCGUUAUACGAUUAUGACCCAAGGGAGAGCUCACCAAAUGUCGAUGUGGAGGCCGAAUUAACGUUUUGUGCGGGCGAUAUCAUCAGUGUCUGGGGAGAGCUGGAUGAAGAUGGAUUUUAUUACGGGGAGAUCAAUGGCCAGAGGGGCCUAGUUCCUUCAAAUUUCCUGGAAGAAGUGCCCGAUGAUGUUGAG